ACUAUUCCGGUCGAAGUUCCGUGGCGUGAACUUCGCACCUGACACCUUCAGCUGAUUCCGAUGGACAGUGUUUUUUACAUGUGAGUAAAAUGUCUCGAAAACGCGUCAAAUCCAAGCGCAAAUCAAAUCAUAAAAAGAAGAACAAAUCUAAACAGGUUUCUUCUAACUACGAUCAACAAGCUAAGGAAGAACUCAAGGUUCAAGACGAGCCGUUUGUGCUGAACUCAUCGACGAGCGUGAACAAGAAAAAGAAGUCCGCCAAACAAGCGCGCAUCGCUUUUCUACCAGAGAAAUACCAACCGCUGGUCGAGGAUGAUAUUGUUGACCAACCACGAGAUGACAAUAUCAAGAAAAAACAAGACAAAUAUAAAAAGUUAAGAAAAAAUAUGGGGAAGGCUCUUCGUUACAGCUGGAAGUGUCUGGUGGUUGGAUUGCAGAAUCUGAGCACAGCCUAUUCUAUGCCGCUGGGUGCCGGUGCCACAAUAGUGCCAGACAUCCACAGAGCCAGAGCUCACGUCUAACACGUGACCCGAGACCAGCCGGUUACAUCAUGAGUAGAACAGUAUAACCACUGUUGGAUCUACAGCCACUUAUCAGUAAUAUGAACCUCUGAUUUGGAAGUGCAAUAAAUGUAUUUUUAUUUAUGUGCCACUGUUGUCAAAAGAGAAUGGCAUGGAGGAGACAAAAAUAUUAAGUAGCAGAUUCUGUGAU